AUGCACUACCACACCGCCAACCAGCGAGCCGUGGAGACUGGAAGCCGUCGAUUUGCAAAAGAACGGCAGCGGAUGAAAGCCGGCGGUAUUGACCUCAUAGAAUCACGUAUCCCAAGCCACAAGACGAUGAACCUCAUAGACUUCAUGCGUUACCUUCUCGUUCGCCGCACUGAUUGGGAUCGUCGAAAGGAGUUCUACUCCCACCCUGCUCAUACUCGAUGGAAAUGGCACGCAUUCAUAAACCGUCAGAAGAGCGAAUCAGACCUCAUAUCCAACAUGCGCAACAAGUACGGCGACAACUUUACUGUCGUGAUGGGUGAUUGGAGCGACGCCGGUCGAACUGCGAGAUUUCAGACCUCAUCAAAGACGAAAGGUUGGCGCACCCUCUUCAAGCGCAACAGGAUCAACUGCUUCCUUCUCGACGAGUACAAGACCUCAUCUGUCUGCCCUCACUGUUUGGCCUCAUCCGCUGACUUCCUUGAAAAAGGCUUCAAAACACGACCUCAUUCAAGACCUUGGCGCCGUCGCGAAGGCAAGAUUGAAAAAGUCCAUGGAUUGCUGGGUUGUACCAACCCUAACUGUCAGCAAGCCUGGACGAUGCGCUACUGGAACAGGGACACGCUGAGCACCUGCAACAUGCUGAUGAUCGUGCAAUCAAUGUUAGAUGGACACGGUAGACCAGAGGUGUUCAGGAGGGGUGUUCCAGUGGUAGCGUAG